AUGCCUGUUGGUGGUGUGUCCACGCAGAACAUGGGGACAUACCUGCAGGCUGGUGCCAGCGGUUUCGGUGUCGGUACUGCCCUUUACCAAGCCGGCGACACGGCCGAGACCUGCCGAAUGAAGGCGAAGGCAUUUGUUGGCAAAUACCGAGAGCUGACCAAAGACGUCGGCGGCGCUGGCCUGGAUCCUCCUGCGAAGAGAUUUAAAAGUGAAGCCCAGUCCAUCACUUUCCGCGUGCACCUGUCUCGUUCCCACGAAGACGAGAAGUGGGGUUUCUUUUGGGAUCCAGAGGUCCUGAAGCAGACCGGGCGACGCGUCCUGCACAAAGUAGUGGCGGCCCCUGGCAGUCCUUUCGACAUUUGGAAUUGCAGUCAGCAUGAUAACGAUAACCCGCAUCUGGCUGCGGUGGAAGGGGACGAGCUCGUCCAGGUCAAUGAUGGAGGAAGAUCGGCCGAUGAUAUUGCGCGAGAGCUCAAGCAGCUGGAAGCCGUUUGUGAGUUCGUUCGCGUAAAGCCAGGUGUGCGCAAUGUCAACAUCCAGGGCGGCGGCCGACAGCGGAGUUGA